GUGUGGGAGCGGGUACUCUGAUCUAUUCUGAUCCUCAAGGGCUCCUGUGUGCAGCAGAGAAACUAGAUCCAGUUGCGGGUGUGUAUGUGUGUCUGUGCAGAUCCGGAGGGGUGUGUAUUAUUGUGUUGUGAGUUGAGAAGUGACAGUUGGAGGGGGUUGGGCAGGCAAGUACGGGCUGUGAGUCCAGAGGCGUUUGGAAAGGGACUUUGUGUUUAUCAUUGGAAAGAAUUUACAGAGCAAGGCAGGGGAGGGACGGGACAGGUGUCGAAAAGCCCAAAUGAACUCACUGCCAGGCGUAACAAAUUCUUGUUGUUUGAGUACUGAGUGCCUAGCGAGAAGGCCACCGGAGAUUGCUUGCAAAUGAAUGAAUGAACUAGGCACACAGGCCUCUGCCUCAGGGAAGUGUGUGGCUGGUGGUGGCCAGUUCUGACUGGAUGCUGAUGAGGCAGAGUUCACCUGUGGACCCUGGAGUAACCUUACCAGCAGAGAGGGCUGAUUUGGCACUGAGGGGUGAAAACUCAGAGAGCUGAGGGGUAGAUAAGGUGAUCAUCUCCAAUAGUUCCCUAGUAUAAGCCCCACUGUGGGCACAUUGUGGGCCCCCGUGUGUAGAGGACUUGUACCCCAGGGCUGCCUGGAGCCUGGGGUGUCCCUGGAGCCAGAGCUUUUUCUGACAGAGGCCAAGGCUCACCGAUGUCAUCAGGCCUCUCCAUGACUGCAGCAAACCAAACCGAGUUCUCUGUGUACAACACCACCACGUCGACAACAGCCUCUGGACCAGGCACCGGAGGCCGGGCAUGGCCUGUGCUGGUAGGGGUUUUGCUGGGGGCAGUGGUCCUCUCCAUACUCAUUGCCCUUGCUGCCAAGUGCCACCUCUGCCGCCAGUACCGGGCCAGCUAUCGGCAUCGCCCACUGUCCAGACCAGAGGGUGGGAACCGCCCACAGGUGGGUGAAGAUGAAGAUGAUGAUGGCUUCAUCGAGGACAAUUACAUUCAGCCUGGGGCUGGCGAGAUGGAGACAGCAGGGAGUCGGGACCACUUCUCUCUCUGAGCCCCAUCUUUGGACACUCCCCACUUCCCUCCACGCCUGGCACUUUAGAGACAGCGAUGCCUCAAACCUCAGGGUCAGAAGUGGCUAGAACUUAAAGCUUGCCCAGGGGGCUGUUUUCUGACACCAGUCGUCAAAGUGACAAUUCUGUUUCUCAGUAACUCCCCAUGACUUCCUGCACGACUUCCUGCUGUCCCAGGAUAAACCCUGGCAGGGCAGGACUGUGGAGAAGGCCCGUGUACAGGCCUCUUGGUUUCCUUCCUCGCCUCCCUCCUCCCUGCCUUACUGAGUUUUUACCAUAGCCGCCCUCUACUUGGGUGGCUUUGUUCUUCCUCAUGAUGGCAGCCCUGACUUAAAAAGUCCCAGGAUUUCAUACAUGCCCCGGCAGGAGAAGACCGUGCCAAAUUUCUUACUGCAAAAUUUUUUUCUUAUCAAAAUAAAGUAUGUGAUUUGGUUAUAA